GACCUUCCGUGCGAUUGCACCUGCCGAGCGCGGCUACAUAAACGUCAGGUGCAGCGUUCCUCAAGUAACACACACAACACCCUCAUACUUACACCCUCAGCACAACCACUACAAUGGCUCAAGCGAAGGAAGUGCGCAAAGAGUGCCCGACUUGUGGCUACGGGUGGCUGGAUAAAUACGGAAAGAACGAGUGCCCCAAGUGCCUGAACCCUCUCGUCGGUGGUGGCGCUGUUCCAAAGCGCGCGCCCGGCGAGGCUUCCACCUUCAAGUCCCGGGCAUCGGACGCCGGCGAAUCCGUGUCGGGAGACUGCUCCAAGGGCGGCGCGCACACGUGGAAGUUCGGCAAGUGCUCGAAGUGCGGCGUCGGUGAGGGCUACGGCAAGGUCGAGAAGCAGUCGCCUGGCAGUGGCAAGCACGGCCUGUGCUCGGACGGCCUGAAGCACGCGUUCAAGUUCAGCAAGUGCACCAAGUGCGGCAAGGCCGAGUUCUAAACGACACUCCAUGUGGCCAUUUGAGUGUGCCAGCCAUGCAGGAUACCGAGGCACCCCAAAUGCUUUAGCCACAGCGCACACGCGCUGCUCGCCCGUGCAUGAUAGGCCUGGAUUUUGAUUCCAUCGUCUUGCAGACUGAACAUGUCUGCGAUUGUUUGAGUGAUCUGGGUUUUGCCGCUGAGCAUGGCUGGAUGUCAUCCGAAUGCCCAUGCAGCGUGCAGCCACCAGCUUCACGAUGUGGUACAUAGGCGCAAGUAUGUGUCUUCAACGGCGGGGAUGUACAAAGGCGCGGAUCUGAAAUAGGCUGAUCUGCGUUCACAUACGGUUGUAUUUCCCACUCACGAUGCAUAGCCGUCGCGUGUCUGAUAUGAGUUUCAGUGUGUACAUGUAUGUGUUACCUAAGCGUGCGGGGCUGCAAGGCUAUCGCGGGGGCAUCUUGCGCCAACGCCUGGCCUGCUGGCCAAACAGGCGGAGCAACUCUGAUGUAAACCCAUGGGCGU